GUAAUGUUGGUAGCGCCGUAACCUAACCUCAAACAAUUGUUUGUAAAUGUGCCGUUCGUAAACGUUAAAGUUUAGACAAAAAUAAUAUUUUUACGUAUAAACAAUCAUGUCUGAACCUUCAAGCAAGGAUUCUGCGGCCACUAAGGCACCAAUGGUUUAUAUUUGUGGAGAAUGCCACAAUGAAAAUGAAAUAAGGCCCAGAGAUCCCAUAAGAUGCAGAGAGUGUGGAUAUCGUAUUAUGUACAAGAAACGUACAAAGAGAUUGGUUGUUUUUGAUGCAAGAUAGACAAAAUUUGAAGACCAUCCAAAGUAUUUUAGACUUAAUUAUUUUUGUAAAUAAACAAGAUUUUGCAGUAAAUUGCCUUUUAUAUAGAUAACUCGCACAAAAUAAUUAAUUUGGUAUGUUAGAACUGUUUGAAAUGUUUUUGUAUUAAGCCUAAAUUAUUUUUGUAAAUAAAGACAAUUUUGC